ACAUUUAUCAGACAUGAUCACCAUUUUUCACCACAGCUUUUGCAUCUUCAAUAUUGCAGCUCACUCGUAAUUAGAUGCAGCAUCUAAGGUACUUUCUGUCACUUAUUCAUGCUUUAAUCAAAAUCCUCUUCUUGUUUCCUCGAUCGCUCCAACUUUAAGUGCAGAAGUGCACCAGAUCCGGAAUUUCUGGAUAAUAAGAGAAGUUCGCAGUGUUGAAAGAUUUUGGAGACCUUAUUCUAUAAUUUAAUUGGGACUUUGUAAGCUCUAGUUAUGAGUCGCCGUUGGAAUUCUCAAGGAAGCGGGCAAGUAAGGUACGUGGAUAUUGAGCAGCAAGGUCCCGAGAAUGAUGGUACUAUUGUUUCAAAAAUAAUAAAAAUGGCAAUUGGGCAGGUCAACCAACCUUUGAUGGUGAAAAUUAUUUCAAAAACGAAGUGGUGGUUCCAAUAUUGGGAUGUGGCAUUUUUAGUGGUGUGUGUAGUUGCUGUAGCAGUGGCCCUUUGUUCUUUUAUCUUCAUGUCAUCAACGUGGCUACCAAAUGCAUUGCUUUAGAUAACACUUUAGAAAUCUUUGCUAAUUGUAUGCGAUCGUUCCUGGAUUUUGUUGCUAUUGGGGACCUGGUUGCUCGGUCAAUAGCAAGCGGUAUCGAUGACCGUUACUCGAGGUCAGACUACGUAAUUAACAUUCUCGGCAUUCUUCCAGUCCCUCAGGUUCUAGUGCCAAUUAUAUUUUCUGAAAUGAGAGGUUCGAAAUUCCGGCACGCAAGGAAAUUCCUAAAUGCAGUUGUUCUUUCGCAAUAUGUGCCAAGACUUUUCCGUAUCUACAGAUUGUGGAAAAUAGUCAACCAGACUAUCAUCCUACCUAAGAGUAGUCCUACAACUACUCAUGUUAAAGUGAGGAACGCAGAAGGCAGCUACAAGAAUAUGACGAUGAUCCCACCCAAAGGUUUUGUAGUGAUGAAAGCUGGAUUCAAUCUCUUUCUGUAUCUCAUUGCCAGUCAUAUACUGGGUGCUUUUUGGUACUUCUUCUCCAUCGAACGAGAGACCACGUGCUGGCACGUGGCCUGUAAGCAUGAUACCGGAUCAUCAAUAACACAUUUUUAG